UAGAAAGAUAGUAUGCUAAUUAAUCAAAUGGAAUUUGAGGCAAGUUCAGUCAAUUUGAACUCUAAUUAAAACUUAUAUGGAGUCUGUUAAAUAUAUCUCUUUUAUUGAUGGACAAAAAAAGGCGACGAUCAACCUUCACACCAAAUUGGUUGACCAAACAACCACAAGAUCGACUAUUUGAUAUUUGUAACACUGGCAUUUCACAUGUGUAAAUAUUUUACUAUUAACUUCUUAUUUUAAAUGAAACAUACAAGAAGAAAAAAGAGUCUUCUAAUGGUGGAGGUAGUGCAUUCAUUGAUGGAGAUAAUGACAUUGUUGAGAAAAAAGUAGAGACAAGUAAUUGCAGAGAUAGAAGUACUAAAAAUUAGUAAGAAGUGCAAAUAUGAGACAAUAUUCAUUAUUUGAAAGAGGUAAUAUCUACUUGCAUAAAAAUAUGUUUCAUAUUUCUAAAAACUUUACCAUUAAAUUUAGGAGAAGGAAGAGACCAUUUAAAUGCAGGAGACUAAUAAUAUAAAAUUGAUAGUAAAAAUAGAGGUGUUAUUAAUGAAGAUGAAGGUGUUGUUGUCGGUGGGGAUGAUGAUGCUAAUAAUGAAGCAAUCACGAAAUCAAAAAGAAAAUUUAAAGUAAUUCUAAUUGAAGCGUGAUUUGAACACAUUUUUUAAGAGUUGAUAUUAGUUGAUGUGUUGGCGUUGAUAUUAUUUGAUAAGUCGGUUAGGAUGUGGGAAAAUUUUCAAAUUUAUGAUUCGUGUUUUUAUUUUAUAUCUUUAAUAAUUUAAUAUUUGGAUUUAUUUAUGAUAGCAAAUCAGAAAAUUUAUUAUUAUUGAUUUAUAUAUUUAAUUAAAUGUAUCCGGCCAACGGGCCGGAAUCAAAUCUAGUAAAAUAAAAAAAAGUUGUGAUGACCCUCGAGCGUCUUUGGGUUCCGACCUGCACUUGCCACAAAACAAAAAACAAAAAUUCUAAUUACUGAACAUCCAGCAUACACUUGCCUCAAGCUUGUCAUCAACCUAAUCCAAAUCUGAGGUCAGAUCCAAUCCCUUACCCUCAUCCAGCAAAUCAACAACCAACGGACGGCAGCAAACGGGAAUUGGGGAACACCACUAUAAAAAUGUUACCCCGAUUGUUGGUGUAACGCAGAUAAACAACAUUAAGCAAAGAGCUGCUUUACUGAACACCCAGUAAGGCAAAGUUUUUUUUUUUUUCCAUAAAAAAUGGCGUCCAUGAUUUCGUCCUCCGCCGUGGCCACCGUGAGCCGCACUGGCGCUCAGGCCAGCAUGGUCGCCCCUUUCACCGGACUCAAGUCCGCCGCCGCCUUCCCCGCCACCAGGAAGUCCGUCAACGACAUUACUUCCAUCACAAGCAACGGUGGCAGAGUCCAGUGCAUGAAGGUGUGGCCACCACUGGGUUUGAAGAAGUACGAGACCCUCUCCUACCUUCCCCCAUUGACGGAGGAGCAGUUGGGCAAGGAGGUCGACUACCUCCUCCGCUCCGGAUGGGUUCCUUGCCUCGAGUUCGAGUUGGAGCACGGUUUCGUGUACCGUGAGAACAACAGAUCCCCAGGGUACUAUGACGGAAGGUACUGGGUGAUGUGGAAGCUGCCCAUGUUCGGGUGCACCGACUCGUCCCAGGUGCUGAAGGAGCUCCAGGAGUGCGUCAAGGAGUACCCCCAGGCCUUCGUCCGCAUCAUCGGGUUCGACAACAAGCGUCAGGUGCAGUGCAUCUCCUUCAUCGCCUACAAGCCCGAAGGCUACAACUGAUUCGAACCCUUCUCUGCAUUUUCGCGUUCUUUCACUUUUGGCUUUCCUGAUUGUUUCCCCUUGAGGGAAGUGUGUGUAUGUUAAAUUUCUUUUCCAAAAUUCUCAGUGUGUUUUCCUGUUGUUGGUUGAAAUAAUAAUGUGUAUUGACAAUGGUCUGUGUAUUGCUUGUUCAAUUAUUGAAUCACCUUAGGCUUCCUUCUUCUUUCAUAUAAUUGGCUGGGCUACUUUGAAAUGCAUGUGGUGGAAAUUCUGUCUGCCCUUUAGAUAAAGAUAGAUGCAGUAGUCACAGCUAGGUAUUUCAGCCAGACGAAACGAGUGGCUAUUGUGUUACUCCUAGUCCUCCUCUCUAACGGGAGACUUUCUCAGUUGGCUAAUCGUAGAAAUACAAUGACGACAUCCGAUAAGAAACAGUAGUAACUAAGAUGAAUAGUACAUUUGGCACAUGAUGGACCCGUGCUUGAAAAAUCACACCGUACUGAUGGUAUGAUUUGAAAAAUCUCACCGUACUGAUGCCUAAGUCGAUAUACGAUUUUGUUGGUAUGAAAAAUUGAACCACGAUUUAAACAUAAAAUACAUUAUUAGUU